AACCCUUGACCCUUCUGCACUCUCGCUCUCUGGUCCCUUUACGGCUAUAGUUAUCUAAAGUGAGAAGAUAUCUUCUCCAUAGCUUAACAUACACAGAGAUAAGAGAGGGAUCGAAGAAAAUGAAGGAAAAAGAAAAGGUGAAGAAGAGUGAGAUAGAGCUUCCGAAGCUACCAGGUGAAAUCAUGGAAGAUAUCCUUUCAAGGGUACCUGGAAAAUCCCUUAUGCGGUUCAUGUGUGUCUGCAAAUCAUGGCGCAACCUGUUCAGCGAUACUCGUUUCACCAAGAUGCAUCUGAAUCGAGCAACUGAAAUCUGCAGCCACUCUCCUCAUCUCAUCUUUGCAACUGCAACCAAGCUCUACCAUGCUGAUCUUGAUUCAUUUGACCAUACCACAUCACUUCAUCUACCAUUUCGGAAGAGGCCAGUUAAGAAUCUCCAACUAGUUGGCACCUGCAAUGGCUUGGUAUGUAUAUCACUUAACUCCAAACUCACAUAUCUGUGGAACCCCACGACCAGAGAUUACAAGGAAUUGCCCCGUCAAAUCCCCAAAAGCCGAUGCAGAGGCUGGCGUUGGGUCUAUUGGGGGUUUGGUUUUAACCCUAUUUCUGAUGAAUAUAAGGUGGUACGAGUUGUUACUUUCUCUGCUCUCGACAAAACUGAAGUCCAUGUUUACACACUAGGGACGAAUUCAUGGGGAAGUGUUGAGCUUGGGGACAUUGAGUUCAAUAUUGACACACAUGGUAGAUGGCUCCAACUUAAUCAGAGCCUUGGCAAUAGAUCUCUUCAUUGGAUUGCUAAGAAGAAAAACAUGGCUUUCUAUGAAGCCAAUUCUACGAUACUAGUUUCUUUUGAUCUUGAAGAAGAGAUGUUCAGAGAGAUCCUAUUGCCUGAAUCUGCAAAAAAAGCUGACGUUUCCCUUGAAUUGUCAAGUUUCAAUGGGUUCCUCUCUAUAUUUUGUUCCUCCUGCUUCCAGAGUCUUGAGGUGUGGGUAAUGAAAGAUUAUGACGGACAGCAAACUUGGAUCACCACAUUUUCAAUAGGGCGCUUCGAUUUAUAUGUCAGGUAUUUUAAGCCAUUGGGUUUUGGAAAUAAUGGUCAAAUUAUACUUACCAAGGAAUUUGAGAAGUCAAUUUAUAUAUUCGACCCAGUAUACAAAAGAAUUAGAAAGCUUCGAACCCCAGGUCAUCCAGUUAAUGCAGAGAUUGAUGUGCAGAGCCUCGUUUCACUGAGCUGAUCAUUAUGUGGAUGGGCAACAAUCAGCAAGAAUGGAAUGUGAAGAAAACUAAGAGAAGAUGUUAACUCUUACAGUCUUACCUGGGAUUCUGUCUUUCUCUUUCGAUAAUAUGCUUAUUUUUUUGUAUUGCUUAGAACAUCAAAGAGUUCAGGACUCUUCUAUAUCUUCCUCUCAUCCUAUAUAGCCUGGACGUAGGAUUUCAUGGUAUAAAAAGGAUAAUUAGUUUAACAAAAGCAUUGUUAUACCUAUGUUCUUUGUAUCUCUUCAAUCUUGUUAUACUGUCAGCUUUUCGGUUUCAAUUGCACAAUUUCAUUGUUAUAAUGUCCAUAUGGAGGAUUGCAAAUCAGGAAGCCAUGAUUUUGUAGCUGACAUCAGCAAAACCUUAUAUUAACUCAUAGUAAUGUCAGCCAAUGCA